AUGACUCCUGCGCCGGGAGUGAGGCACGUUGCACCCCCUCCGGCUGUUCCGCCGGCGACUUCUCCGGCCGCUGCCGCGCAGCCACCCCAGCCGCCCAGCAUGGCUCGCCACAACAGUAUGAACGGCAAGGCCUACGGCUCCAUGGGUGGCGGUUUUGGCUCUAUGGGGGCGGGCCAGAUGGCUGGGUCUGCCUACGGCGUCAUGGGUGCCCCAUACGGCUCCAUGGGCGCCGGCUACGGUAGCAUGAACGGGAACGUGAAUGGCGGCGGCAGCGCGUACGGCGCCAUGGGCGGCCAGGGGGCCAGCCUCUAUGGAUCCAUGGGCGGGGAGAACAACAUGGGCUCGUUGGCGGGGAGCCAAAUGGGAUCGAUGUACGGCAUGGACGGCCCUGGCUCCAUGAUAGGCGGCUCCAUGAUGAUGCCGAUGAGCUCCAUGUACGGCAUGGGAGGCCCGGUGGGCUCGAUGUACGGCAUGGGCGGAAUGAGCACGAUGGGUAUCGCGGCGCAGUGGGGCAGCCUUGCCAACAUGAGCAUGGGCGGCCACGGCAGCCAGGUGAAGCGCAGUAGGAUCUCGAGCGGCUACGGCGGCUUCGUGCCCGAGGCAACUCGCGUGGACAUUGACAAGCUGUGCCCGGAAAUCGGCACCUUCGAGAAUGCCAAGGACCUGCCACGCAGCGGCAAGCGCGGCGGCAACCACCUGUACAGCCGUGGCAAGCACGAAAAGCCGGUGGCGACGGGCAACUCUACCGUGACAGCCUUGACUAUCCGUCGCAAGUCCGACGUCAAGUUGGGCAGCGGCGCAGCCAGUGCCAGCAACGGUGCGACCACUCACUCGGAGGCCAAGGUGAGCCGCGGGGCGUCGCGUGCGUUACCGUCUACGGCGACUGGUGGCAACGGGGCCGCCAGCAAGCUGCGCGCGAAGGUGCCAUCGAACUACAACGUGCACUCGCUCAUUCUGGUUGAGAAGGCCACCGGCGCCGAUGUGACCACUGUGAAGGACCCCAGUACUGUCGUCUUCGAGAAGGACGGCAGGAAGGAGACGUUCGAGGUGGACGAGGCCCUGUCGCUCGCCUCGGCGAAGGACGACGUUGACUCGGUGCUUCUUUCGGAGCUGCGCGGCAACUGGUUCAAUGGUCACAACUCGGCACUUAUGCUGUGCGCCGGUAAGGGCAGGGUCGAGGCAACGCAGGACGUGGCGCGCCAGUUUCUGCGCAAGUGCGUGGAGCGCCUGGAGAAGAACGAGACGGACAUGGCUGUCAAGUUCGACAUCACGAUGACGAUGGUGUCGCUCCGCUGUGCCGACCAGUGCUGCGACCUCCUCAAACCUGGCGCCGCGUACGAGAAGGUGAUGAUGGGCUCGUCGCCCGUGUACGGCCCAUGCCUACUGGAGCUGGAGACGAAGGUGCACAAGACAGCGAGCGAGUGCGUCAGCUCCUUCGACGCCGGACUGAAGAACGCCAAGGAGGAGAAAGAGAUCGUUGCCGCUUUCUUCGUUCUCAAGACGAUCAAGAAGACGGGUUCAGAGGAGGAGGUUCACUUGUCCUCCCUGUGCAUCGCACUCUGUGGCGAGACGGUGGCGCACAAGACAGAUAUUCGCGACAAGGCUGCGUCGUCGCCGCACCGCCUUUUUCGCUACGCCGUCGAUGGCGCCUGCGUCACCGUAAGCGGCCUGUGCAUUACCUCGAAGGAUGUGGACGCCCGCGAAGGUCUCGAGGUGGAGCGCAAGAUGCGCGAGGUGAAGAACCAGCCGCCGCGCAGCGGUAACGUGAAGCGCUUCGUGGACUACACGUACAAGGAGAUCAUGCGCCAGAAGGAGAAGUUGGAAUCCGCGACCGGGUCGGAAAAGAAGACGUGUGAGGCGCAGAUUGAACGGAUGGAAGAGAUGGUCAAGGACGCUAAGGAGCUCCUCACGUCGCCCGAGAAAACGCAGCCGAAGGGCUACUCCAUGGGCCGCUAA